UCACACCCACCCUUUCCAACCCCAAUUUCCACUUUCACCACCGCAUCUAACCCAACUCCUCCGAAACAAAACGAAAAAAAGGAAGAAAGAAAGAAACUAGCUCCCACCGGCGGUGACGGCACCAUGUCCCAAAUGACGGGCCAUUCCGCCGGGGACCUCGACCUCCACCUGGAGUCCAUCCGCCACCUCCUCCUCGACGACCUCGAGAUGCCCUCCGCCGCGGUGAUGAGCUUACCACCGCAGGGCGGAGGCGGAGGCCCCGUGUAUUGCCGGAGCUCGAGCUUCGGGAGCCUCGUCGCCGCGCAGUGGGGCGAGCUCCCCUUCCGCGUCGACGACUCCGACGACAUGGUCGUCCUCGGCGCCCUCCGCGACGCCAUCUCCCAGGGCUGGCUCCCCGACGGGCCCCCCAACCCCGAUCCGCUCCCGGCGGCGGCAACGGCGGCGGACGCGGCGCCGACGCCGACUCCGACGCCGGCGCCGAUGCCUCAGACUCCGACGCAGCCGCGGGCGGCGGCGGCGAAGGGGAAGCACUACAGAGGGGUGCGGCAGCGGCCGUGGGGGAAGUUCGCGGCGGAGAUCAGGGACCCGGCGAAGAACGGGGCUAGGGUUUGGCUCGGGACCUUCGAGACCGCCGAGGACGCCGCGCUCGCCUACGACCGCGCCGCGUACCGGAUGCGCGGCUCCCGCGCGCUCCUCAAUUUCCCGCUCCGGAUCGGGUCGCACGCGUCCGAGCCCGCGCCCGCGCCCGCUUCGCCGUCGUCGUCGAAGCGCUCCUCGCCCGAGCCCUCUUCGUCGACCUCGUCGUCGUCGUCGUCGUCGUCCUCCUCCUCCUCCGCGAUCUCCUCGCCCCGAUCGCCCUCGUCGCCGCCGAAGAGGCGGAAGAGAGGGGAAGCGGCGGCGGCGUCCAUGGCCAUGUUCCCUGCUCCAGCUGUGGCUCCCAAUUCGGCCGAGAUUCCGGUUCAAGUCACCGUCCCGGUUCAGGCCCAUACCGGUUUGGGCUUCGGGGCUAGGCCGGUCGAAUUCCCAGCUGGGAUGCAACUCACACGUGUCGGGCAAUUAUUGGUUGGUUAAUCCAGCGCAAGUUUGUUAGAGUAAGAAUUAGGGAAAUGUGUUGGGCCCCACACUCCCCCCUCAAAGGAUCUUCCGCGGACUCUUGAUAUAUUUGAUUUGCUGAGGCAAAAUCAUAUUUUGGAAUGCAUCUUUAAAUUAAUCAAAAUUUUAUAUAUUUUGUACAGUCGCAUAUCAAAAUUCGGGGUAGUAUGCAUUAGAAGUGGAAUUAGUGGUCUCAAGAAUUUGGAAAAGUUUGGAGUAAAUAGUAGAUAGUUUAGGGGCAAAAGUGCGCACGAGAGAGAGAGAGAGAGAGAGAGAGAGAGAGAAAGAGAGAGAGUGUCAUGCUUUACUUGUCGCAGUGUAGUUUUAGGAUUUUGGUGUGGUGGUGAAAAGGCUCUGGCGUGGUUGCAAUGUAGCAUGUCUUCUUUAAUUCUUUGAUGAAGGUUGUCUUUCUUAAAGAUUUUUUUUUUUUUU